AUGGAUUCCCAAAGCAUUCGUGACCUUGAGUCGGAGAAGAAGAUUUGGUCAGGUCAAUGUCGUGUUUCCAGAAUGUGGGUUGGGGUGAAUGUACAUACAAACAAAGUUCUCCAUCUUGACCUCAUUUUGAUGGAUUCAAAGGGCAAUGAUAUCUGGGUACAAAUCCCUCCUGUGUUGAUAGAAAAGUUUAAGACGAUGCUGAAGGAGAACCAUGUUUACAUUAUCAAGAACUUCGAUAUCAAUACAACUGGACUGAAAUAUCGACCUAUUGGGAAUCCAUAUUUGAUACAAUUUAGUAGGAAGACAACUGUUCAUCAUGUUCCUGAAGUUCCUGCAAUUCCAACCUUCAAAUUCAGUUUCCUAAAUGCAAGUCAGAUGGCGGGAAAAUUGGGUCAUGUUGAGAUUCUUUCAGAUGUUGUUGGUCAACUGCGCACACAUUCAGAUGCAAUUACUACUACCAGCCUUACUCGGAAAACUAUAAGGAAAGAGCUCACAUUGCAACUGAUUGAAUACCGUGUUCAACUUGAAGUCCAAAGUUAUUUGAAGUCAGCAGUAUUUGUACUCUUUGAGUAUGAAGGGAAGCGAUACUUUGGAUUGAGUGGUCAUGAACUAUUCCUGAAAAAUGGGCAGAAUGGUGACUUGCCACCUGAUGAAUUGCUUCAACUGGUAGGUCUGACCAAGAGAUUCCAUGUCAAAUUCAAGAUCAACCUUUUUGCUGAUUCCCAGGCUGAUUUUACUGUGUUGAGAAUACUAGAACCCACCUCAAAGGGAGAAGGUUAUAUGAUUCACAAAGAUGGAUCAUCUUCUUCUAUUGCGAGUGGGCCUGCAUGUUCUCAACCCUCCUCUGAUCAUUCUGGACAGUCUGCUAUUGGAAAAUCGAUUGAAACACCAGUGGAUUCUGAUGGAACUCCAGACAACAAAUUGAAGAGGAAGAUGCCCCUGGAAUGA